AUGAGUUGGAUUCCGAUACCUUGCAGGUGGUGCUGCGUUGUUGUCUCCUCGAUCUUAGUGAUCGCUCAACUCGAACUCCCCCACUUGGCACAUACGCUUCGCUGGACCUUCUCCCCAGAGCAUCAACGUCGUUGGCGUCACUCCCGUUUACGCUUUCCAUUGGUACAAUUAUCAGGUAAGCUCCGAGAGAAGUUGAGCGCGGCAGGAGAAACUGAAUACGAUCGUUUCUGGCGUAUGCCACUCGACGAAGACUACGGACCACACAUUUAUUCAUCCAAAGCUGAUCUAUGCAACCCAACUGGCUCGUGCACUGCAGCGUUGUUCCUGAAAUCUUUCGUCGAUGGUAUUGAACCCAAAGAUGGCUUUGAGUCGACCGUGCAAUGGGCGCAUCUGGAUAUUGCUCGAAAAAUGGAGUUCACCCGCCCAAUACCAUAUCAAGGCAAAGGGAUGACUGGUCGUCCAGUUCGGGCUUUGGAAAAAUAUGCGAAGCGCUUGUCAACGGAUCAGACAUGAUUAGACACAGAUAUCCGAGAAUAUAACCCUUGUUUUCAGCAAGUGUGCAAGUUGAUAUAUUGUGUUGCCUCCGUUGUGACCAGGCGCCUCAAUGUCAUCUAAUGCUCCCAACUUACGGUCAGACAUGUUAUGUUUA